AUGAUUUAUUCUAAGUGUGUGACCUUCUUCGAACAUUUCAUGCAUGAAGAUUGUAAAAAGUUGUACUACUGUGAACCAGGAAUUUCCCUGAUUGAAGGGCUUAAUCCCAUUUCAGAUGAUGUUGAAUGUGUUGCUGUUAUUUUUUAUGCUUAUGGAACAGAUGGUAUAAUUUAUAUUUAUGUUGAUCAUAUUGGUGUUGGUGUUGAUGGGUGGUUUGAUGAUGAAGAUAAUGAUGAUGAUGGACGCGACUCUUGUAUUGAUGGUGAAAAUGAAAAUAACAUAGAUAAACUUAGGAAUGUUGAUUUGGAAUUUAAUAAUGAUGUAGUGCAUAUGAAUAAGACAUUAAAUGAUGCUUUCUUGAGUAAGUUAUAUGUUGAUGAAGAAGAGGAUAACAACAUUGUAGAGGAUGAUGAUGGGAAAGAAUUUAAACCUAACAUCCAAACUCAUUCCAUAUUUAAUGAGUUAUUACACUGGAAAAACAAAAACCAAUUCUAG